AUGGGACUGUUAGCGGGAUUAUAAACUCCGAAACCUUCAUUUCCGGGUCAUCAGACAAGGAUCAGAAAAAGGCACUUUUAUCAGAUCCAGUGGACAAGAUCAGCACCUUCUUCACAGAUACUUCCGACGUAAAGGUAACAAAAUUUAUCGAGAAACUUCGGGAAUUAAGUGACGACUCCAAAAAAACAUUCAACGGCGAGGAUGAAGUUGAAUCCGAAUCGCAAAACUCCCCUUCCGUAUCUGAUGAUGACGAUUCGAAUAUAUGCCAAGAAUCGGCUUCUGAUACCGAUGCAUCUGAGGACAAUAUAAAUGAGAAGGAUUCCCCAAAAAUUGACAAGACGGCUUUUUGUAAGGCCCAUUAUGCUAUCCCAAACUCUUCAAAGUUGCAGUUGAGCACAGGCAGAAUAGUGGAAGACAUUCUUUUUGAAUUUGCUAAAGACAUGGACUACGAACACAAUGCCCAUUCCUAUAUUGUGGACUUUGAUGACAAGGAUGUCAGAGUGCUAUUCACCGACACGGAGUGGAACGAACUAACUAAAGAUCGAAUUGGGGUUCCUUCUGUUUCGCGUGAUAUUGCAGAGGAGUUAGCGAAGUAUGGAAGUAAAACAUUAAAAGAGCUACGUACCAAAGUGAUGAAAUCAUAUCUUAAGGAUGACGAAGAAUAUGAUGUUCAAAAGCAUUAUGAUCAAGAAUGGAUUCAAAUGACCAUGCGAACACUUUGUAAUCUAUUCGAAAAUAUAGAUACCCCCUUAGUAAGAACUCAAUAUGAAGAUUGGUUCACGGUCGCACUUUUUGAAACAUGUAUCGAUUUCUGCAUCAGGGACGCGCGAUUGGGAACCGACGUUAAGAGGACUGAUGCACCAUCAUUGAGUAGUGCCAACAGAAAGAAUCGGCGUCGGAAAGCAAACGCAAGAAAGCUCAUUGGUCGUAAAAUCGAUGGGAUAAUAUAUAUAACUAAUAGACUUGUUGAAAUCGGUGCCAUUGAAGGCGCAAGAAGUUUUUUGGGAGUUUCAGAUAAUAAAUAUCUCCUCGAAUCAUUCAAGAUGCCCAAAACACUUCGGGAUAUGUAUGCUAUUAUGGCGUGCUGGUGGAUCGAUUUGCUUUUUCGUAAAGAUUCUCAAUCUUUUUAUGUAGAUAGCAAAUUUUCGAAAAAUGGAUUAAGUUUCUUUAUUAACUUUCUAAAAAAGAUAUGCCAGUACAAGAACAAUCUACAAAUUUUGGAUAUUCUAAAUAAUGAUACUGACAUUGAAUCUGGUGACCUGUUGGGAGAAUUGCUUAAAGAUAACAAUGAACAAUGCUCUAUUCUACCACCUGCGCCAAUUCAUUUUUUUGCUGAUUGUGAAAACACUCUGAAUAAAAAAAGAAAAAAAAGUAAUUCAAAGAAAAAGGAUUCAAAAAAAUAA